AUGUGUCAGUUUUUCGAAAGUUAUAUAUGCGUCGCCGUCUCUACGGUUCCCGAAGAGAUUCCAAAUGCCAUUCAACUAUAUAGAUCGUUCUGUAAGGAAGAUCCGAAUCAAGAGCGCACACUACUUGUAAAAUCGCUGAACCUUCUCUACCUCCUGUGUUCAAAUGAUCUCCCUGCGUUCCACGCUGAACUUGAGCUGCUUUCUAAUAUUGAAAUGCUCAGCCCGCUUAUUCAGUUCUCUAUCGACGUGGAGGGCUAUCUCACAACGGGUCGUUACAGCAAGCUUCAAGAAUGUAUGCAGCACCUCCCUGACGAGAUGUUUUCGCAUCUAAUGCGAUAUCUGCUCGAGUCGAUCCAAGAAGACAUCGAAAGCUGUAUCGAAGUGUCAUUCCGAGAGAUGUCUAUCGAUCAGUUCUCUACGAUGAUAAACUGGAAGGGUUCUGCAGACGAGCUGAUUGAGCACGUGCAGAAGACGCACGGAGACCGCUGGGAAGUGCGCGACGGGAUGAUUUUCUUCCCAGUGAAGAAGGUAGAAGACGCGAUGGAAGCGAAGAAAACGCUGGGAGAUUUGAUUGUGCAGUUGAAUGAUUUUGAAAAGAUUUGA